GGCUCGGUGUCGGCAACAUGGCAGCGUCCAGCCGUGACCAGGUGCUGCGGCUGUACCGCGCCCUGCUGCGGGAGAGCCAGCGCUUCAGCAGCUACAACUACAGAACAUAUGCCAUCAGAAGGAUAAGAGAUGCCUUUAGAGAAAACAAGAACAUAGCAGAUUCUGAAAAAAUAGAAGAACUACUGAAUAAAGCCAAAGCAAACCUAGAGGUUAUUCAACGGCAGGGUACCAUUGACCACAUGUACGCCACAGAAAAAUUGAUCAUUGAGCGUCCAGGAAACACAUAGCCAAGAAAAACCUCUGAUCCUGAAACAACACUGGACCAUCUUCAGCAUCCUACAGUGCCACAUACAGAAACUGCACAUGCAUGUCUGAGCUUGUCUGAUCAGCAUAACAAAUGCCUGAGAGACUGUUUUUGGCAACCAAAGUUCUAUUUUCUAAAGGGUCAUAUGUUCUAAGAUAAAUGGCUGUGAUUUAUAAUAGUAUGUAAGGUAGUCUUGGAAUCUGUUUGCUUGUGUGUCCUAUGUUAUGGAAUAGUUCCUGCCCUAUUUCGACAAUAAAACUCCAUUAUACUACCUGCAA